CUCUCUCUUCUACUCUCUCCAUUUUCUUCUUCUUCUUCAUCAUCAUCAUCUUCUUCUUCUUCUUCUUCCUCUUCUUCUUCAACAAUCUUAUCCCCAGACUCAGCCAUGUCGAUCUUGGAGCUCAAGAUUCCUCAAGCCGUCUUCCUCAAGAAUGCUGUGGCGGCGAUUGCAGAGGUUAAUGCCCACGAUGGCAACAAAUCCUAUGUGCACUUCACGCAAGCGGGGUUAACAUUCCAAUUCGAGGCCGCUGACAACCGGGUCGUUGCAGUGUUACGCCUCCUUUCUGCAGGUUGCGAUGGCUAUCAGUGCCAAAGUUCACCUUCUUUUUCCUUCGAUUUCGCUCGCCUUCAAGAGGUUAUGAAUCAAGCAACCGAGCAAGAUGCCCUCACCAUCUCUGUUUCGGGCGACAAGAUCAAGACUAUGAACUUUGUCUUUGAAAACCAAGGGACUGCAGGGGAGCGCAGAACCUUCGGGAUGGAAUUGACUCGAUGCAAUUGCGAAAUCUUUGAUAUACCAGAAUCACUGAAAGCAAAGUCUUUUGAAAUCCCAUCAGAACCGUUUUGCAAUGCUUUGACAGAAAUUAUCAGCGAUGCCGGCGGAAAGGACAUGCCCCCACCCUCCAAUGCUGGGCCAACUGCUUGGAUCUUUGUUAGGGAGGGAAAGAUGUACAUCCAUGGCAUGCAAAAAAGGAUCAUCCUUGAAUUGGAGAAUAAGGAAGGAGGGAUCUUUAGCGGUGGAGAUUUCAACAGGAGAUUAGGUGUUGUGUAUCGUCUGAGGUAUUUCUUGAAGGCAGCACUUUUGUCAGAAAAGGUGUGGAUAAACAAAGGUGAUAUUCCUAUUGCAUUGGCUUGCCCUUUUGGAGGAGACCUUGGCUACGUGUAUCUCAUUGAAGAAUAUUGAUCAUACAAUCUGAUGGUGUAAGAAUGUGAGGGAUUAUGUGAAUUACAUGCUAAUGUGCCUCAUUACUAGGCAGGGGUUUUUGGUAGUAUGAUGACUCUGAGGGAUAUUGAUUGCUCUUGUUUUUGGUUUAGUUGUGAGGAUAGCUUGAAAAGGAUAAUGCAGAACUAAUAAUGUCAUGUUCUUUCU